AUGUUGCUAUUUUCACCAGGUCAGACCGCCUUCCAACUGAGGCCACUCCCCGGCAAGGCGCUCGUCAUUGAGGACUUGCAGAGUGUUUUGCCUCAGUUUGGCAGCGUGCCUGGUGUGGUGGUGCGCACCCAAGCAGGACAACUUGCUCAGGACAUCGCCUUGAAACUGCGGAUUGCGAAUGGCAUCCAUACGGCCAUGGUCUACGCCAUGGCCUUGGAGGGUCUCUUCAAGACCGAUGAUUGCAUUGGACAUCCCCACGUGCUGCCUUACCUGGAGCAGCUGUUCGAGCGCGACAUCGCCCACUGCUGUGCUGAGCUGAAGCUCCUGCGCCUAGCGGUGACGCCCGUGUUUUCCGAGUGGAUGAGUCGGAUUCAACAUCCACACUUUGGGCUAGAGUGCUUUUUCGUAUGCCAAAACGCCUCUCAAAAGAUGGGCAUCCGACUCUUGCCCAGCAUUCGCGCCGCACUCGCAGCCGGAGAGGCACCCUCCGACUUCAUGAUUUUCGCGCUUGCAGUGAUUCUGCGUUUUUUGACGCCCAUCGGUGAUCAACCCCGUGUGGGCGAGACACCCCCCGUCUUCGUGGGACGGUUGGAUUCCAGCCAAAGCACCGAGGAAUUCAGCUACGUCUCGGAGCUGAACGUGCGCACCAGCACUGGGACCUACGAGUUCCGCGACGGCGACGGCAUCGUGCCGCUGCUGCUCCGGCCCUUAGGGCGCGCGGGCGGAUGCAGUGCCACGGCUGCCAGCUUUCUGGCCAGAAGCCUCAGGGGAGUGGACCGGCUGGUGAAGUCCUUUCCCGCCUGGAGGGCUUUGACUUCCGAGGAUUCGAACCACGCCAUGCCGCAGCGUUGGAAGCUGGAGAAUCUGCUGCAUGCGCCGGCAGCACGCUAUGAUCAUGCAGCUGCAUGGGAUGGAGCGCAGCGAAAGCUUUGGGUGCACGGUGGCUGGGAUGGAUUGGAUGGAUUUCGAGACUUGGCACUGCCAGAACACCCGAUAGCCAUCAUGUUCUACAAGACUAGCACCGAUUCAGUGAGAGAAGUACCUCACCCCAUGAACAGGACUAGCGGCACUUGCACUGCCACAGGGCUCCUGAUCUCAGGAGACCUUUGGAGCUUUGAUGUGCUUCAGCACCGCUGGAGCCUGGUCCCCAUGAGCAUUGGCGCACCUACGCAGCGCUGGUCGCAUGUGGCUGCAUGGGAUGGGACCUUCCUUUGGCUUCAUGGUGGUUGGAGUUCCACGGGCAGUCUACGAGAGCUCUGGAAGUUCGACCCGCUCCUAACCCUGUGGUCGCUGCUGUCGGACGCUGGGCCGGCAGCACGCCAUGACCAUGUGGCGACCUACGAUGAAAUCGAUCACAGCCUUUUGGUGCACGGUGGUUGGGAUGGCGACCAGGUCUUUGGUGAUCUUUGGAAAUUCCAGGAGCGCCUGCGCCGCUGGAGCCGGGUGAGCGAAUCGGUCGAAGCGCGCCCUACCGCGCGCUUCGACCACGCAGCGGCCUAUGACGCGCAGCGACGCACGUGGUGGUUGCACGGGGGUGGCAACGGUGUGGAAGGGUUCACUGACCUGUGGGCCCUGGAUGUGCCAACGCUCCAGUGGACCCAAGUGGCCCGUGGCAGUGGGCCUUCCACCUGGGACCACGUGUGUGCCUGGGAUCCCGUCGGCCGUGCGCUGUGGAUCCAUGGAGGUUGGGGCAGCGAUGACUUGUGGAAGUUCGACGUUGAGGCGAACCACUGGAGCAUCCAAGAGAGGGGCGGCUCUCCACGCUGGGACCACGUGGCAGCACUGGAUACUCAUGGGCCAAAUGCACCCAUGCUUUACAUCCAUGGUGGCAGGGAUAGCAACAACCGCCCUUAUCCAGGACUGGUAGAGUUCCAGCUGCAGCCCACAAUGGACUGCCUCAUGCCUGGCCAGCUGCUUUCGAUGGGAGGUUCUUGGACAUGUCCAGUGGCGGCCAUCACUUUCAUCUCUGUCUUGGUGCUCAUGGCCUUCGCCAUGUGCACCGCCUCUUGCACGGACUGGCGCUUGCGGUCGCAGCGCCUUCAUGGGGGCGAUGGCGCCAGGACGAAGGCGGCCUCGCUGGGAUGCUUGGGGCGUUGCGUCAACGAGCUGCUGCGUCACGUGCAGGCGAUCCAACUUCGGGUGCUUCCUGGAGACCUGCAGACUGCAUCCUGGCAUCCAAGCAGGCCGAGUUCCAGAAGAAUGGCAGAAGGAAUUGAGCGACCAGAACUUGCGCCUCAAGUACAACGAGCUCACAGACAACUUCCUGCAGAGGGGUUGCUUCAUUUUUCUUUGGCGAUGGAUGAUCCUGUUCCUGUCCAUUCAUCCCUGGGUGAGAGCUUGCUGUUUGAGUUUUAG